AUGGCAUUUCAGCAAGAAGAAAAAGACCAGCUAGCCGCACAACUUGUACAGGAGCUAUCACACACUCCAUAUGCGUGUUUGUCCUUAACCCAGCUCAGCGGUGGAACAGCCAACUUCAUAUUCCGUGGGAUCCUGGCUCAUCCGCUGCCUGAUGGGACCCAGACGGUGGUGGUGAAGCACUCCAAGGAGUUUGUCGCUGCGAACCGCAAUUUCUCUCUGGAGGUGUCUCGCUGCCUCUUCGAAGAGACCAUGCUCAAUGCAUUAGAAGAAAGCCUUCCACGCAUCACGACCAACAAUAUCUCUCUCCAAACACCUCAUCUAUAUCACUUUGACCGAGAGCAAAGCACGCAAAUCUUACAAGAUCUAUCCGGCACAAUUGAUCUGAAAACUGCCAUUGUGUCGUCCCCUGAUGUUCGGGUCAACCUUCUGCCGCAGCCCAUAUCCAUCUCCAUCGGCCACGCUGUUGGCGCCUGGCUUCAGGAAUUUCACUCGUGGGCAGCGCAUCCAGCACAGGUAGAACUAACCAAAAAGAUGGCUGCCAAUGAACCCAUGCGGAAACUAAGGUACCAAAUCAGCUACGGCGCGUUUACUGAUGUCGUGCAAAAGUUUCCCGAGAUAUGGGACCAGCAUGGAAGCGCACUGAAGCAGGUGCAGGAUAUGGCGGCCAGGGAAUAUGCCAAAUCUAUACGCGAUGAAGGGGCUGGAGAUUGGAGCGUCAUUCAUGGUGAUUUUUGGACCGGCAAUGUCCUCAUCCCAAACACCCCAUCGCUGGACAAACGGCAGCAAGCAAAAGGAAUGAAUCUCUACAUCAUCGACUGGGAGCUCGCUCAAUUCGGUCGAAGGGAGUACGAUGUCGGCCAAAUAAUUGGGGACCUGUACGAGCGAAUGCAUUUCCUAAAUGUGGACAGCGCCCUCUGGGUGAUCCAGGGGUUUGUUGCUGGGUAUGGCCCUCUAAGCGAUGCGAUGGCCUUUCGGGCUGCCAUCCAUGCCGGGGUUCAUUUGAUCUGCUGGUACAUCAGACGGAAUCCAACAGCCCCCUUUUUGGAGGAUCCGGAACUGAUCAAAGGUGCUAUCCGCACAGGGACAGACUUUAUUGUCAAGGCGUGGGAAAAGGACCGUGCAUGGUUUGAGAGCAGCCCUCUGGUUUGUUUGUUUGGUUAG